UGCAUGAAAAACUAGGUAGCUCGAAGCAGCCGCCAAUUUUCAACUGGCUGAAAAAGCCCUUCCUAUUUUCGUGGCUCAAAAUGUUCCCUCUUUUUUUCUUCUAUCUGUUGUUCAAUCAACCAUCUAAACGCUUCAUCCCCCAACAAUGAAUCUUCAAACCCUAACAUGUAAAUCUCACAUUCCGAUUAAAAUCCCCAAAUUCAACCCGAAUUUCCAUGUUGAUUUCUCUUCGACCCGGCUCCGAACUUGUCGGGUUGCACCAUUGACCCGAAUGAGUAAUCACAGAAAGCGAAUUAUCACUGCUUGUGUAAAUCACAGUCAAGAGAUUACAGUCAAUUUGGAGAAUUUGAAUUCGAAUUCGUGUAUCGGCGAUGAAGCAUAUGAAGAGAAAGUAGGAGAAGUAACAGUUAGAGAAGAAAUUUCAGUGGUGGAUUCUAAUGGUAAAGGAAAUUUUUCUGGAAAUGAAAGCAUUUGGGCACAAGUGGUGGAAAUUGUAAAGUUUUCGGGGCCAGCAGUUGGGUUGUGGUUAUGUGGACCUUUGAUGAGUCUUAUUGAUACUGCAGUUAUUGGUCAAGGAAGUUCCAUUGAACUUGCCGCUUUAGGUCCAGGAACAGUGUUUUGUGAUAACACAAGCUAUCUUUUUAUGUUCCUUUCAAUUGCCACUUCAAAUUUAGUUGCUACUGCACUGGCCAAAGGGGAUAAAGAUGACGUGCAACAUCAGAUAUCUAUCCUGCUCUUCAUUGGGUUGGCCUGUGGUAUUGUGAUGUUUAUCUUUACAAGAUUGUUUGGUACUUGGGGCAUUACUGCUUUCACAGGGGCAAACAAUAUGGAAAUAAUAAACGCAGCAAAUACUUAUGUCCAGAUUCGUGGAUUGGCAUGGCCCGCCAUGCUGGUUGGCUGGGUUGCCCAAAGUGCAAGUUUGGGCAUGAAAGACUCAUGGGGUCCUUUAAAGGCUUUGGCAGUUGCCACUGCUAUUAAUGGCGUUGGCGACAUAGUCUUAUGCAGAUUCUUUGGAUAUGGUAUUGCUGGAGCAGCAUGGGCAACGAUGGUCUCCCAAGUUGUUGCAGCUUAUAUGAUGAUUGCAGCCCUGAGCGGUAAAGGGUAUACUGGUUUUGCCUUAUCUGUCCCAUCAUUGGAUGAACUUCUACAGAUUUUCAUGCUUGCAGCACCUGUGUUCCUAACAAUGAUGUCAAAGGUGUUAUUCUACUCUCUACUUGUCUACUAUGCUACAUCAAUGGGCACACACAUUGCUGCUGCACAUCAGGUCUUGCUGCAAUUAUUCUGCAUAUUUGCAAUAUGGGGUGAGCCUCUCUCUCAAACGGCGCAGUCAUUUAUGCCUGAAUUGUUAUAUGGAGUGAAUCGGAACUUGUCAAAGGCCCGGAUGCUGCUGAAGUCCCUUCUGAUCAUUGCAGUAUCAAAUGGAUUAUUACUGGGAUUUGGUGGAGUGUCAAUAUCAUGGUUUUUCCCCAAAAUAUUUUCACCAGAUCCUUUGGUCAUACAUGAGAUGCACAAAGUACUGCUGCCAUUGUUUCUAACUCUCUGGGUGUCACCGUGUGUUCAUAGUCUUGAAGGAACUUUGUUGGCUGGAAGAGACUUGAAAUUCAUUAGCAUAUCAAUGGCCAGCAUAUUUGGUUUGGCUUCUCUUCUCGUCAUGCUCUUCAGCAGUAGAGGAUUUGGUUUGUCAGGAUGCUGGUUUGCCCUAGUAGCAUUCCAAUGGAUGCGAUUUUUGGUAGCUCUACGGCGACUCACUUUGGCCGAUGGUAUUCUUUAUUUGGAAAACCCAGUUCAUGAUGAGUUACAAAAGUUAAAAGCAGCAUAGGGGGUUUAAUAUGCCCAAGACAAAACUGACCUCAUAGAAAAGUUGUUCUUCGUUAAAGAUUCCGAUAGUGCUGCAGCCUGCGGGGUGAUAAAUCAUCAGAAGCAAAAUUUUAUCGUUACUUGUCUAUAUAAAUUCUUUUUCGAGAAAUAUUAGUCAACAUGAAGUUGAUCCACCGUGUAUCAUAACUCAAAUGAGUUGUUAUAGAUGCAGUGCAAUAAAUUUUCAUUUGUCAA